AGAGGAAGGCCAAAAGCCAGAGCAGCCGGGCAGCCCCAGCUUCGGGGUAGCACAGCCUGGGCCGGGAGCAAGUUGCCUCGGGAGCCCUAAUCCUCUCCCGCGAGCUCGCCAAGCGAUCAGUGGCGCACGGCUGCAGCGAGGCUGAAAUAUGAUAAUCAGAACAGCUGCGCCGCGCGUCCCGCAGCCAAUGGGCGCGGCGCUCGCCUGACGUCCCCGCGCGCUGCGUCAGACCAAUGGCGAUGGAGCUGAGUUGGAGCAGAGAAGUUUGAGUAAGAGAUAAGGAAGAGAGGUGCCCGAGCCGCGCCGAGUCCGCCGCAGCCGCAGCGCCUCCGCUCCGCCAACUCCGUCGGUUUAAAUUGGACUCCCUGAUCGGCGAGGGCGCGGCGCCGCCGGGCAGCGGCUCUCUCAGCUUUGGCAACCCCAGGGGCCACUAUUUCCCACUUAGCCACAGCUCCGGCAUCCUCUCUGUGGGUUGUUCACCAACUGUACAACCACCAUUUCACUGUGGACAGUACUCCCUCUUACAGAUAUGGGAGACAUGGGAGAUCCACCAAAAAAAAAACGACUGAUUUCCCUAUGUGUUGGUUGCGGCAAUCAAAUUCAUGAUCAGUAUAUUCUGAGGGUUUCUCCGGAUUUGGAAUGGCAUGCGGCAUGUUUGAAAUGUGCGGAGUGUAAUCAGUAUUUGGACGAGAGCUGUACGUGCUUUGUUAGGGAUGGGAAAACCUACUGUAAAAGAGAUUAUAUCAGGUUAUAUGGGAUCAAAUGUGCAAAGUGCAGCAUCGGCUUCAGCAAGAACGACUUCGUGAUGCGUGCCCGGUCCAAGGUGUAUCACAUCGAGUGUUUCCGCUGCGUGGCCUGCAGCCGCCAGCUCAUCCCCGGGGAUGAGUUCGCGCUAAGGGAGGACGGACUCUUCUGCCGUGCCGACCACGAUGUGGUGGAGAGGGCCAGCCUGGGCGCCGGCGACCCGCUCAGUCCCCUGCAUCCGGCACGGCCGCUGCAAAUGGCAGCCGAGCCCAUCUCCGCCAGGCAGCCGGCCCUGAGGCCUCACGUCCACAAACAGCCGGAGAAGACCACCCGUGUGAGGACUGUGCUGAACGAGAAGCAGCUGCACACCUUGCGGACCUGCUACGCCGCCAAUCCUCGGCCGGACGCACUCAUGAAGGAGCAACUGGUGGAGAUGACAGGCCUCAGCCCCCGUGUGAUUCGAGUGUGGUUUCAAAACAAGCGAUGCAAAGACAAGAAGCGGAGCAUCAUGAUGAAGCAGCUCCAGCAGCAGCAGCCCAAUGACAAAACUAAUAUCCAGGGGAUGACAGGAACUCCCAUGGUGGCUGCCAGUCCAGAGAGACAUGACGGUGGCUUACAGGCGAACCCAGUUGAGGUACAAAGUUACCAACCACCUUGGAAAGUACUGAGUGACUUCGCCUUGCAGAGUGACAUAGAUCAGCCUGCUUUUCAGCAACUGGUCAAUUUUUCAGAAGGAGGACCAGGCUCUAAUUCCACUGGCAGCGAAGUAGCAUCGAUGUCCUCUCAACUCCCAGACACACCUAACAGCAUGGUAGCCAGUCCUAUUGAGGCAUGAGGAACAUUCAUUCAUUCAGAUGUAUUUUUUUCCCUGUUGGAGAAAGUGGGAAAUUAUAAUGUUGAACUCCGAAACAAAAGUAUUUAACGACCCAGUCAAUGAAUGAAAACUGAAUCAAGAAAUGAAUGCUCCAUGAAAUGCACGAAGUCUGUUUUAAUGACAAGGUGAUAUGGUAGCAACACUGUGAAGACAAUCAUGGGAUUUUACUAGAAUUAAAACAAAACAUAAAACCCAACAUAUGCUAUUCAAUGACCUUAGGAGUACUGAAAAAAAAAAAGGACGUUUUUAAAACGUAGAGGAUUUAUAUUCAAGGAUCUCAAAAAAAAAAGCAUUUUCAUUUCACUGCACAUCUAGAGAAAAGCAGAAAUAGAAAAUUUUCUAGUCCAUCCUAAUCUGAAUGGUGCUGUUUCUAUAUUGGUCAUUGCCUUGCCAAACAGGAGCUCCAGCAAAGAGCAGGAAAAGAGACUGGCCCCGUGGCUGAAAGAGUUCUUUCAGGAAGGUGGAGCUGCAUUGGUUUGUGAUGUUUUUAGGUGACUUUAACAAGGGGUUAAUUGACAUCCUGAGUCUCUUAGCAUGUCCUGUAGCUGGUUUCUUUUUUUACUUUUGCCCCUUCUCCCCAUUUUUUUUUUUUUGAGAUCCAUCCUCUAUCAAGAAGUCUGAAGCGACUUUAAAGGUUUUUGAAUUCAGAUUUAAAAACCAACUUAUAAAGCAUUGCAACAAGGUUACCUCUAUUUUGCCACAAGCGUCUCGGGAUUGUGUUUGACUUGUGUCUGUCCAAGAACUUUUCCCCCAAAGAUGUGUAUAGUUAUUGGUUAAAAUGACUGUUUCUCUUUCUGGAAAUAAA